AUGUCAAAUGGAGAGGAAUCAUGUAUUGCUGACUCUAAGCUUGCCAUAGAGGCUAUGAUGAGUGAAUUCCAAUAUAAGAUGAGAUUGGAAUUUGACUCAUUGCAUGAACGGAUGGAUCAUCUUGAAAAUUCCCAAAACCGAAGUGGAACAAGCCAAGGAAGGAGUAAUAGAGCAGAAAAUGGAGCUUCUAAUGAUGAAUAUGAGGAGGAUGAAGGUCAUUUAAGGGCUGUCCAAAACAACAAUAAGAGAAGUGAUGACCAAAUAAAGGGUAUCAAGCUAAAAAUUCCAUCUAUCCGAGGAAAAUCCGACCCCAAGGCUUAUUUGGAAUGGGAGAGGAAGAUUGAGAUGAUAUUUGAAUGCAAUAGCUACACAAACAAACAAAAAGUAAAACUGGCAGCUGUGGAGUUCAUUGACUAUGCAUCAGUAUGGUGGAAUCAACUACACCUUAGUUGUAGAAGGAAUUGUGAGCGGGCUGUGGAGAAUUGGGAGGAGUUGCAAGGAUUGAUGUGGAAGAGAUUUGUGCCUAACUAUUAUCAUCGAGACUUGCAUAAUAGAUUACAAACUCUUACUCAAGGCAAUAUGUUCGUGGAAGUUUAUUACAAGGAGAUGAAGAUGGCGAUGAUGAGGGCUGACGUUCAAGAAGAUUUAGAACCCACAAUGUCUAGCUUUUUAAAUGGUUUGAGGCCUGAAAUUGUCAAGAUAGUGCAGCUCCAACACUAUCUAAAUAUGAUUGAGUUGUUGGACAAGGCGUUGAAGGUGGAAAUGCGCCUCAAGAAGAGGGGUAACACUCGCCUUAAUUCUAACUCUCAAGCUAGGAGUUGGCAUGAUCCUCCAUCAAAAUGUGAGGACAAGUAUGUGGAACCUUCUCAACCACCAAAAUCAAGGCCAGUGGAAACUAAACCACCAACUAAAAUUGAGGCGGAGGUUGGUACACGCACUUCAAAACUACAGAGUGGGGAUGCUAAAUGCUUCAAGUGUCAAGGUUUUGGACACAUAGCAUCUCAAUGUUCCAACCAAAGGACCAUGCUCAUCCUACUUGAUAGAGAAGUUGUGUCGGAUAAUAAGGAUGAUUGUGAAGGUAUACUGCCUUUAGUGGAGGAAAGUGACAACUUGGAGGAAGAAUUGCCUUCUAAAGGGAACGUGGGAGUCUUGGUUGUAAGAAAAAUGCAUGCUGCCCAAGCUUUAAAGGAUGAAGAUGUACAACAGGACAAAUUAUUCUACACUCACUACCACAUCAAGGACAAGUUGUGUAGUCUAAUAAUUGAUGGUGAUAGUUGCACCAAUGUAGCGAGCUUGUACAUGGUUGAGAAAUUAGUUCUUUCAACCACCAAGCACCCUAAGCCAUAUCGACUCCAAUGGUUAAAUAAAGAUGGUGGUGAACAAGUUUAUUGGCAAGUGAAGGUACCAUUCUGCAUUGGUAAGUAUGAAGAUGAAAUGGUAUGUGAUGUAGUACCAAUGCAAGCAAGUCACUUGAUCUUAUGUCGUCCUUGGCAAUACAACAAAGCUGUCCACUUUGACGGUUGCUUGAAUAAAUAUUCCUUCAUGCAUUAUAAUAGAAAAGUUACCCUUGUUCCCCUUACCCCUAGACAAAUUCAAGAGGAUCAAGUGAGAUUACAUGAGGAAUAUGAGUCAGAGUGUGAGUUGAGGAAAAAGGAAAAGAGUGAGACCGUGUGUGAUGAUGAGAGAAAGGCAUUAGUUAGUUCGUGUGACGACCCUAUCUCCUUCUAG